AUGAAGUCAAACUUCUUAUUAAAUUCUAAAAGCAGCAAAGGCCUUCUUACUAUUGUCAUCCUAGCAUCGGCAUGGGCAGUAGGUUUCUUCUCCCGACUCUUUUCUGUCAUCCGGUUUGAGAGCAUUAUCCAUGAGUUUGACCCGUGGUUUAACUAUCGGGCCACCAAACGAAUGGUCGAUUACAGUUUCUACGACUUCCUUAACUGGUUUGAUGUGACUGCAUGGUAUCCACUUGGCCGGAUUGUCGGUGGAACCGUUUAUCCAGGUUUAAUGAUUACUUCUGGUUCAAUUCAUUACAUUCUACGAUUGCUCAAUAUUCCAAUACACAUUCGUGAAGUUUGUGUUUUCUUGGCACCAAUGUUUAGCGGUUUGACUGCCAUCAUGGGCUACCUCUUGACCAAGGAACUCUGGAACGAUCGUGCUGGACUAUUUGCAGCCUGUUUUUUGGCGAUAGUUCCCGGAUAUAUCAGUCGGUCAGUUGCUGGUAGCUAUGACAACGAGGGAAUUGCUAUCUUUGCUCUUCUCCUAACCUAUUUCCUCUGGUUACGCUCUGUUCGUACAGGGCAUCUCUUGUGGUCAGUGCUAUGCGCACUGGCCUAUCUCUACAUGGUCUCGGCUUGGGGUGGCUAUGUCUUCAUCAUCAACCUUAUACCCCUGCAUGCUUUUGUGCUCUGUAUCACUGGUCGCUACUCCUCACGUCUUUAUGUUGCCUACACGAGUUUCUACAUCCUCGGGCUCAUUCUCUCCAUGCAAGUACCUUUUGUUGGAUUUCAGCCUGUUCGAACGAGUGAGCAUAUGGCUGCAGCUGGUGUCUUUGUACUUUUGCAGGCAGCGGCUUUCUUUCAAUACCUUCAAACCUUGGCACCCUCUAGCAAACUUCGUCCUCUUUUCACAAUGGGCAUCGUCGCUAUAGCUGGUCUGGUCUUCCUUGUUGUCUGUGUUUUAACAGUAGCCGGUGUCAUUGCUCCCUGGAGUGGUCGAUUCUACUCUCUCUGGGAUACUGGCUACGCUCGAGUUCACAUUCCAAUUAUUAGCUCCGUGUCAGAACAUCAGCCAACCACGUGGACUUCCUUUUUCUUUGACCUUCAUAUCCUUGUCGCCGUCUUUCCCGCGGGUGUGUGGUUCUGUUUCUCCGAAUUGAACGAUCUUCGCGUCUUCGCUAUCCUCUACGCCAUUUUCGCCUCCUACUUUGCGGGCGUUAUGGUACGUCUUAUUCUCACUCUGGCCCCCAUUGUCUGUGUUUUGGCCGCCAUUGCCUUCUCCCGCCUCUAUGAUGUUUACCUACGUGGGGACGCUUUAACCGCAGAGGGGAGUGAAGAGGAGGAGGCUAAGAAAAAGCCCUCAACUUCGCGUGAGAAGCAACUUUAUGACAAACCCCCUAGAUCAUCUGAAUCCGGGAAACAGAAGGGAAGAUCGCACUCCAACUCUGAAGGCAGCGGCAGUGAUGACUUUUUAGGAAUAAGCGUUCGCAAGGUCGUUGUCAUGGUAGCGACCUUUGUGCUCUUCCUCUUUAUGUUCCAUUGCACGUGGGUCACAUCCAAUGCUUAUUCAAGCCCCUCGGUUGUGCUUGCGUACUAUGGACCUCGUGGAGAACGUAUACUGCUGGAUGAUUUCCGUGAGGCUUAUUAUUGGCUGUGGCAGAAUACACCAGAAGAUGCCAAAGUGAUGUCAUGGUGGGACUAUGGUUAUCAGAUUGCUGGAAUGGCCAAUAGAACAACCCUAGUUGACAAUAACACCUGGAAUAAUAGUCAUAUCGCCUUGGUUGGUAAAGCCAUGUCCUCAAACGAAACUGUCGCUUUUAGAUUGAUGCAGUCGCUGGAUGUGGAUUACGUUCUAAUUAUCUUUGGUGGAAUGAGUGGCUACUCUGGAGAUGAUAUUAAUAAAUUCCUGUGGAUGGUAAGGAUUGCGCAAGGAGAGCAUCCAAAAGACAUUCAUGAGCAGGAUUAUUACACAGCCCAAGGUGACUACAGAAUAGAUCAUACAGCGCCUCCAGCAAUGGUGAACUCUCUGAUGUACAAAAUGAGCUAUUACCGAUUUGCAGAGAUGACAAUCGACCCGCGAAUGCCAGCAGGCUUUGAUAGGGCUCGAAACUCUGAAAUUGGAGUGAAAAAUAUUAAAUUAACUCACUUGGAAGAGGCCUUUACUUCCGAGCAUUGGAUUGUACGUGUUUACAAAGUAAAGAAGCCGGUGAAUCGUUUGGCAGUUGAGGGCACUGGAAGUGGCAAAAGGCGUCGGGCUUCGAGGAAAACGAGUUAUGAUAGACGCGGCUUGGUGGGAUCGAGGUCGAAAAUUGUAAAGGGUGCUAGACCAUCUACUUCCACAGUCUAG